ACGCAUACACAACAUUCCGUCGUUCGCCGGAGAAACAUUGACAUCGUCCGUUCACAGCGUUUACGAGUUCAGUGUUUACAUUUCGAAGAUGAAGGCUGCAGCGCCAAAGCCGAGCAACAGGAAGUCUCCCGUUAGGGAAGGAAAAAUCCAGAAGAAGAAGGGGAUGGAGUUGGAUGAGAUGACCGAGUGUUUCCUGCAUCUGCGAGAGAUCGUGCCGACGAUCCCGCGCGACAGGAAGUUAAGCAAGGUGGAGAUCUUGCAGCAUGUGAUCGACUACAUCGUGGAUCUACAGCUAGCGUUGGAAGGUCACCCGCUUCUCACACCGCCCCCGAGAAUGAUGCCGGCGUGUGUGAACCGAGUUCCGCUGGGCGAGUGCACGAUAGAGAACACGACCUUCACCGAGCAUCACGGAGCCUGCUCAAUGUCCAACAAAUGUCCUGUCGUGCGACCCGAGAGCUGCGAAACGCGACCAGUGUCCUGUUGACGCGACAGUUGACAUCGCCGAACGCGAAACCGUCAACAACAUGCGUCAUCACCAGAUUCCUAAGAAAAAGAACAACAAGGGAGCGCGAGAGUGAGAUAAUCGCUGCUGGAUGAAGCGAAGCGAAGCGAAGCGAGCCAGGCGGAGGAAUAUGCCAGCCGGCAUCUGCGAGUCUGCGCAUAAUUGCUCUCCUGACAGGAUGCCCUCCUAAGACGAACAUCUGCCGAACAAGGAGGAGCUGAGAGACUCCCUUCCUCGACCACCUUCACCGGCUUCUCCUGUUCAGGGGUCCUGCUGGAGAACCCACCUGCCUUGGAGGAGCUUCCUUCGUUCAGAACCAAAAGCGUUUAUCCGCCGGGAGUAGCGUCCAGUCAGCGAUAGGUUCCAUGGUGGCGCGUUCCGGAGAAAAAGUGCAUUAUAGAAAAACUGUAUCACCGGUGUGUGCGUGCGUGUCCGUUUAUGAGCGUGGUGCUUUCUGUAAAUAUGAAUGUAAUUUAAUGUACACCCCUCCCUCUUCCCACCUAGUCCUCGCCCACACCAGCACGCACACUGUGCAGUUAACGUCUAGCGUAAUCACUAAUGUCUCAUCCCCAGCCAACUCCUUCACACACAAAACUUCUGUACUCACCAAUAUCGCAUCAUUAUAUAACGAAAGCACUAUUUAAGUGUUAAGGUUGUCGUCACUGUGUAAUAGAAUGUCACUAUCGAAGUAAAUUUAUUGCUUUGUAUCCGUGUCAUUUCUACUCCUGUGGCUGUGUCUACUUAAUUCAUGAACAGCGUCACCGAGCCAGCGAGGUGCCUACGCUUGGCAGGUUUUGAUGUAGAUGUAGUUUCUUUGUAUAUAACUCGAUAAAGACUCCGUAAGAGUCGAAAUGCAUUUUCUACAUCAUUUUUGUCGGCAUCGCGUAAUGCGUUGCGAGUGUUCGAAAUUGAAAAGGAUAAAAUCACCAGGCGCUCUUAAGUCUUAGAAUGUUUUAAAUUCCGAUUAUAUCAUUCAGUUUCCAUAGACUGUCAUGGCGGAUAUCCUUCAUACCUCACCGACUGCAUUCCGCUUUGUUUGAUAUUGUAAAUAUAAUUGUAAAAACGGUUAGUAGUGAGAUGUGUAUGAUAUUGUGUACGCGUAAAUAUCGUGUUGUAUAUUAUGGACAAGUGAGAAAAGAACAAAUGUUUUAUAAUAAAAUGAUGAUGAGUCAAUAUAA